AUGCGGCAGAUAGAAUGCGCCUACUUCUACCGCUUCCACGCUUUUCGCCUGGCCGCCUCCGCCUGCGCUGGCCUUCUGGCAUUCCACCCGAGCCAAACGAGCAUCGCUACCACCUGCACGGCCUCAGGCCUUCGGCAAACCCUUUUCAGCCCUUCUCACCAUGACCAGGUUGAAGAUGUCGCAUUCCAUGCCGAGCUGGAGAAGAAGGUCCAUGGAAACCUCGAAAAGCAGCGGACAGUUUUGAAGAAGAGGAGCGAUGCCGAAUCCUGGCGUGCUCAGACAAUCAAAAGCAUGGAAAACGGAGACCGUGCCGGCGAAAUCCACUUGCAGUUAUGGAAGCACGGGAUAGACCUGGCCAUGGGCGACAUUGUCACAUCUCGCGCGGGCGACGACUACUCACCACUGCCAUCCGGUUGCUCUUGGUGCGACGCGAGACCCGCGACUUGA